UGUGUAGAUGGCGCUUCACGAAGAACAAUAUAAAUUUCAACCCUACUGGUCCAGAUUUGGUGUAAAUGUUAGGUUACAUAUAAUUUACUACUCGUUGAUUGGUGUUUCUUUUUAAGCCGCAUGCGCUCUCUGUAAAAGAGGGGCAUAUGGACUUAUUUUGACAGUUUCAAAAUGGUUUAAUGUAAGACCGUGUGAUAAAUUAUUUUUAUAAUUAUGGAAAAAUACGAAGUUCUAGGCCAAGUUGGUGAAGGUUCUUUUGGACAGGUGUAUAAAGCGAAAAAACGUUCGGAUGGUGAAAUUGUGGCCUUCAAAGUUAUUAGGAAACGUGGUAGAUCAUUCAAAGAACUUAAGAGUUUACGUCAAGAAUGUGAGAUUCAACGUCAUCUCCAUCAUCCUAAUAUUGUGCAAAUGUUAGAUUCUUUUGAAACUGAAAAUGAGAUUGUUGUUGUAACGGAAUAUGCUGAUAAAGAAUUAUAUGAAAUUUUGGGUAAAGCUGGCCAUCUUUCAGAAGAAAGAGCUCAAGUUAUAGCUUGUGAUUUGGUUUCUGCGCUUUAUUAUUUGCACUCGAACAGAGUGUUACAUAGGGACCUUAAACCUCAAAAUGUACUUUUAGAAGCAAAUGGAGUGGCAAAAUUAUGCGAUUUUGGUUUUGCGCGUAGUAUGAGCACUGGGACACAUGUACUUACUUCUAUUAAAGGUACUCCUUUAUAUAUGGCUCCAGAGCUCAUACAAGAACGUCCUUAUGAUCACAAUGUAGAUUUAUGGUCGUUAGGUUGUAUAGUUUACGAAUUAGUUGUCGGUUCACCACCAUUUCAAACAACUUCUAUUUUACAUUUAGUUAGACUGAUACGGUUUGAAGCAGUUAAAUGGCCAGAUUUUAUUUCGCCAAAUUGUAAAAGUUUCUUACAGGGUUUGUUGCAAAAGGAUCCUUCUCAACGAUUGACUUGGCCUGCACUUUUAGAACACCCAUUCGUUAAGGAUAGAAUCAUCAUAGUAGGUGGAACAGUACCUACACCCUUUACAACACCAUUAUCAGCUAGUCAAGCUAGAGCAAAACAACAACAAUUGCAAAAUUUAUCAAUGAGGUCGACCAAUCAAUCAAAAGUUCUCGAGAAAGCUGUUGAAAAAGUACAAUGUCAAGAAAGAAAACUACGAGAACAAAGACAAAGGACGUGUAUUUCACAACCGCGUUAUCCAAUGUUUCAUGCCUAUUGUCAGCAUGGCCUGAAUCAUUGUCAGAUACUUCGACGUAGCGAACCUAGUGGUACAGAUUCGAGCGCUAGUAUCGAUGUACUAUUGGGAAAUCUUAGUUUGCGAGCAUCUUUAAGAAGCGAUCUUCUUGCUGCUGAUCAUGCGUUGUGUCAAAGCGAUUGUCCUAAUACGAAUAACGAACAAACAUUUCCAAUAAUAAAUAAUAAUUCUAAAUCAGUCUAUGCGAGAACGAAUGAUGAAAGUCAAAAGAACACUUGCGAAGCCGAAGCUUUUAAUAAAAAUGGUCAAGGUGAUGGAUUAAAUGUUGCUCAACAGACGGAAAGAUCGUCCGAAAUAGAACAGAUUUCUGGUAACGGUGAUUGUAAACAGACUUGUUUGAGUAAAGAUUAUGAAUUAGAGUUUGGUAAAGAGAAUCUGAUAGAUAAACACGUAAGAUUGCCAGAUUGGAAUCCGAGAGCUGUUGAGAGGCCAAUAGAAAACGAAGAAUGGGUUGCUUUUUUACAAAGAUCUAUGGAGGAAGUAAUGGAAGGUGAAGUUGUUUCGUUAUUGCAACAAAAUUGUGUUUCCGUUUUCGUUUCGCCAUUAAGAAAUCAAGGUGCUGGCUGUCGUGUUGUUGAAUACGUUGCUUGUUUAUUAUCUUUACCUUUUGUUAUAUCGGUCUCACGAGAAAAUCUUGAAAGCAUAGAACGCGUUUAUUUGGAUGUUCGAGUGGUACCAAAUCUCGUAUAUGCAAUAAAAUUACUUAUGUCAGAACGAUCUGAAGGAGAAACGGUUGCAACAGGUUCUGUUGGUACCAGAUCGGCAUCUACGUUAUCAGCGGAUGAAUUACAAGCUUUGGAAUGUACGAUGCUUUUACUAUGUAGAUUGGUUUACGUUCAAGAGCAAUUUCUUACGCAAUUUUGUGAUGCCGUUUACAUAGUCAAUGGGAUGCCAUUGUUACAACAAUUAUUAACUUUGGAAAAAAGAAAGGCACGCGUGGUAGCAGAUUUAAUAGCCAUAUUGAAUAACAUUUUACGUUCUCAACCUGAGAAUGCCGAGCUAGUAGAAAAAGUUGUUCUCCAAUCGAAAACUCAUGGAGGUACAAUCGAGCAAUUUGGUAAACUUCUUGCACAUCGGCAAGGUGUAUUGAGAGCUAGAACGUGUAUUCUCAUUAGGCUUUUAGGAAGAUUUUGUUGCAGAGCGUUGCAACAGGUUUGGGGUAGACCUCUUAGAAAUCUUAUAGAAAAUUUAUUGCUCGACGAGGAAGAAAACGUGAGAAACGUACGGAGCUAGCCUGGCGGUGCGAGCCGCGCACAAGGGAAUAAUGCGCUGAACGAGUCUCGAACCGGUAAGACACGUCCUUCGCGAGAAGAGAUCCUCGGAGAACGGGCACGCGUGCGACGAGGGAAAAGAAAGGAGAAAGAGAGCUGAGGAAAGAAGAUGAUAGGAGGGGAAGAUGGGAAGUGAUAGAAGUGGAGGGGGAAAGGGACGCAAGGAUUAUUCGUCGCAGGCGCCAGUAGGUCCAUUGCUCCUAUGGAACAGCUUUCUCUCUCUCUCUCUCUCUCUCUUUUUCUCUCUUUCUUUUUUUUCUACCUCUUUCUCUCUCUCUCUCUCUCUCUCUCUUGUAAAGAGAAGCUCUCGUAUAACACGAUCGAUCACCGAGCCUGAUUGCAGCCCUGGCCGAGCAGAGAGAACACACAGCCGGGGUUGGUACCCUCGGUCCGACAUUCUGCAUUCAGUCCAUUCCCCUUGCGUUCAAUGCACGCUGCACAGACGAUAUCUAGAUGGCUGCUCGAUGUCUGCCGGCGCGGCCGCCACCGCAACGAGAAAGGAAGAAUCCGGCUUACGCUUAUACGGAGGCGGUGGUAGUUAUGCGUUGCUGAUCGAGAACCACGGGGGAAGAAGAGAGAAAGAGAAAAAGAGAGAGGGAGAGAGAGAGAGAAUGAGAGAAAUCGAGAGAACGAGGAGGAGAAGGCGGAGGCCGUAAAUAACGGUCUAUAGUUCUCAGGGCGGAGAGACCCUCGUUGAAAGGCUAUCUUUGGCGCCUCGAAGGAGAGCGCUAACCCCUGCUGGAUCCUCCUGCCCGAUCUAUCGUAUCCUUUUUGGAUUUCUCCCGAUGAUUUCUAGGUCAUGCCUGGAUACGAUACCUUGCCAAAGUUUAAAGACUUCGAACUUUCUCUGUCUUCCUUCUCAUUCAGGAUCUUCUUUCUUUCUUUCUCUCUCUCUCUCUCUCUCUUUCUUUUUUCUUCUUCUUUCUUUUUAUUUCUUGUUCUUAUUAUUUUUCUUAUUAUCAUUAUAAAUAUUGCCUCUCCCUCUCUCUCCUUCUCUUUCUCUUUCUCCCUCUUCUUUUUCUUUUUUCUUACUUCUUUUUAUUAUUCUUUUUGUGUUAUUAUUAUAAUUAUUCUUUUUCUCUCCUUAGGCAAAUUAGUGGCAAUAGUACGAGAAAGUAGACGAGAUAAAGUUCAAAAAAACAUUUCGAAAAGAAACGAAUCGCUAGUAGUAAUACUAUCGCCGUUGAAUCAAUUCUGGAUCACGAGGAAGCUACUCGUUCAGGCACUUGUAGAAAAUCUAUUUAUCUACCCACCCCUAUCUCGAUUUUUCAAUUCCAAUAAUAAUAAAGGCGUCCUUUCCGUCUGCCUAGAUCCAACCGUGUUUCUUUAUUCAUGAUCCUUAAAUGCAUCUGGUAACGCGAUACCGAAGCAGAAG